AUGCGACAACUAGAAGAAAGAUUACCGUUUUUUGCGAUUGCCCUACCUAAGUGGUUUCGAGAAAGUGAAAAGGGACGUGAAGCAUGGAAGAACCUUCAGAAUAACAAAGAGCGGCUAACUACUCCAUUUGACAUACAUUCAACUCUAAUGGACAUCCUGCACUGGCCAAGCGUGGAAGAACAGAAAACUGUUGGUCAGCUGAGCAAGCGUUCGCUCUCCCUCUUUCGGCCAAUACCAUCGAAUCGCACUUGCAAACAUGCUGGCAUCGAGCCGCAUUGGUGCACAUGUUUGAACUGGGAAUUAGUCAGUGACCCGGCGCAACUCCCAUUAUCCACUAUGCUUGUCCAGACGGUUAUCGAUGUGUUCAACAAUGAAACGGAACCGGAGCGAACUUCAUGCGCU